GGAAGUGAGAUAAAGAGGCAGUGACAGUCCAAGCUCCUCACACAGUCCUGCAGGCAGGCAGGCAGUGCCAUCACCCACGCCAGGACUUCUCCAGCCAGCCCAGAGCCUCUGCCCGCUUGUCAGCUGAGAAACUUGUUCUGUUUGUUGUUUUCUUGUAUCUGUUGAGCCAAGAAGGAUUUUUUUGGGAGAAGAUAUUUGGAUCCUGGUGAUUCAGCCUGUACACAGGACAGGCAUGAGGGGUUGAAGGACUCCUUUUCUCCCAGUGGGGCAGCAACCCAAGAGAACCCAUCUCCCUUUUACCUGACCUUGGGAAAUAGUUGAAAGACUGUUACUCCACAUUUUUGUUCACCUUUGUUCAACAAAGAACCCUUUUUAUUCUGAUCGUUGGAAAACCACGCACACCUCAGCUUCACCCGCCUGCAGGAUGAACGUUCUUCCCAGCCCGCUGGUGAGGGGAAGGGACCCGUCGCUGGCUCUCUGUGGCCCCAACUCUCUCCAGCAGGACUUCUCCAGGUGUCCAGCAGGCCUGGGCUCUGGCUCCAGGCUCAGCAUGAGCCCAGGGGCCAUGGGUGGGCUCCAGGGGCCCCACAGAGCCACCAAGCCCCAGAGAGAGCUGAGCCCGGAAGAGCAGCAGGAACUGAGGAGGAAGAUCAACAGCCGGGAGAGGAAGAGGAUGCAGGAUCUGAACGUGGCCAUGGACGCCUUGAGGGAGGUCAUGGUGCCUUACGCCUCCUCGCCUUCCUCCUCUCCCUCCUCCUCCUCCACCUCCUCCUCUCCGUCCUCCGUCGGUUCACACUCCCACCAGGCGGGGGCUCCACCCGGCCGCAGGCUCUCCAAGAUCUCCACCCUAGUCCUGGCCCGCAACUACAUCCUCCUGCUGGGCUCCUCGCUGCAGGAGAUGCGCAGGUUGCUGGGGGAGGUGAGUGUGGGGGUGGGGGUGGGGGUGAACGCCGGGCCCGUCCCCCGGCUCCUGCUGGGGGGGUGGCCCCUCCUCACCGGCCCCAGCCAGCUCCUGCUCUCCCCAGAGUCCCUCCUCACCUCCGCUUCCUCCUCCUCCUCCUCGGUCAAGUGCCCCCUGCUGCCCCCUGGUCCCCUGGAGACCCCCAUGGUGCCCCUGCAGUGGGGGGGCUCUGGAGGUCCGGGCGGGGGCCCCCUCUGCUCCUGCGGGGUCUGCAGGCUCCCUCGGUUCAGCCAUGCCGUCUCAGGACCCAGGUUCCCCAAAUGACAGAGCAUGUGUGAUG